GAUCCGGACUCAUUUCAAUAGGAAUCGGUUGAGUGUAGUGACGUCACAACAUGGCCGCUGUAUACAGACUCGACACAACAGAACACCUUGUGCUGAAGGAGGAGAUGUGAUGGACAUUGGGGAGAGACAGAGAAGGCGGAUGACCAGGUCCUGUAGGGACUCAGUGAGCAACGGGAAUGUCCGAGCGGGAGAGGGACAGAGAGACAGAGACCCAGGAGACAGAGACCCGUCAGUGGAGCACAGUGUGUGCGCGCCGCGCUACAGCCUGGUGCAGGAGGUCGGCCGCGGCAGCUACGGGGUGGUUUACGAGGCGGUGGCGCGGAGCUCCGGCACUGUGGUGGCCGUCAAGAAGCUGCGUUGUGACGCGCCCGAGAACGUGGAACUGGCGCUGGCUGAGUUCUGGGCUCUGACCAGCCUGGAGAAGCGACAUGAGAACGUGGUCCAGCUGGAGGAGUGUGUGCUCCAGAGGAACGGCAUGGCGCAGAAGAUGAGUCACGGCAACAAGCGCUCCAGACAGUACCUGCGUCUGGUGGAGACGUCCCUCAAAGGUGAGCGUGUGCUGUGUGCUGAGCCGUGCUACCUGUGGUUUGUGAUGGAGUUCUGUGAAGGAGGUGAUCUGAGCCGCUUCAUCCUGUCCCGGCAGCCCGACCCACACACCAACACCAGCUUCAUGCAGCAGCUGAGCAGCGCCGUGGCCUUCCUGCACCAGAACAACAUCGUACACCGAGACCUGAAGCCGGACAACAUCCUGAUCUCGGAGCGCUCCGGAGCGCCGGUGCUGAAGGUGGCAGACUUCGGGCUGAGUAAAGUGUGUGCAGGACUCGCGUCUGGCUCCGGGGGCCGUUCUGAUGCCGAGGACAAAAACAAACUCGAAGUCAACGUCAAUAAGUUCUGGCUGUCGUCGGCAUGCGGGUCAGACUUCUACAUGGCGCCCGAGGUGUGGGAGGGUCACUACACGGCCAAGGCGGACAUCUUCGCCCUGGGCAUCAUCAUCUGGGCCAUGAUCGAGCGGAUCACCUUCAUCGACAGAGAGUCUAAGCGCGAGCAGCUCGGGACAUACGUACGGCAGGGAGCUGACAUCGUACCUGUAGGCGAGGCUCUGCUCGAGAACCCAAAGAUGGUUCUGUGUAUCCCACAGCGGCGCCGCUCGCACAUGUCCUCCGCACUCCGCAAACUCCUGAAGGACAUGCUCGCUGUCAACCCACAGGACCGCCCUGACGCUCAGGAGCUCCACGGCAGGAUCAGUCGCGUCAUCUGUGCUGGAUGAACGUUACACACACACACACACACACACACACACACACACACAUACAUACACACACAGGUAAGCCUUUACAAAUCCGAUAAAAAGAUUUAAAUUGAUUGUUUGCAUUUUGUAUGAUUUGGGGGCGGGGCUACACACACACUCAUCCAAGUUGUAUGAAGAAUUACCUCAACAUGCUGAUUGUGGCUGUAGAGUCUGCACGCUAGAACGCUCGCUAGCAGUUUAGCUAAGCUAAUGUUAGCUGCAAGCAGAUGACGGUUGUCAUGGUGAUGUUGAAACAGAUGCUUAAUUGUUUAGCUAAAUGAAUUGGUAAGAAGACGAGGAGAUAUUUUAUUCUGCCAACAGACUUCUUUUGGGACGGGAGGCGGGACUUGUGUAUUUGCAUAUUCAUAGGUCAGCCUCCCACAUCCCUGCACUCGUUUGUCCCUCGGUGCUAAUGUGAAUGAUACGGCUGUCUUCUGCACUCCUCCAUCCUCCCCCAUCUCUCUCUCACACACACACACACACACAUAUACACACACACACAGUACUGUAAAGAAGCAUGUUGUUGAUAUAAUCAGAGGUUGAUCUGUUUGUGAGAGUGCAGCGUUAAUCACAGGGAUUAGUCGACCUUACAGAAGAUGUAGAACAUCAUUAAUCAAAUCUGCUGUUAAAAUGAAAGACAUCCCAUAAUGCUUAAAGUCCAAACACCACACACCGCUAGUGAGUAACCAGAAGGGGGAAUGGAGAGAGAGAUGAUGAUGAUGAUGAUGAUGAUGAUGGAGAGAGAUAAAGGGGGAGAUAGAGACUGAUGGAUAACUGAGGGACUGCAAGAGAGAAGGACAGACAGAGUGUGAUGGAGAGAGAGACAGAUAGAAAGUGACAGACCAAUAGAGAGACAGAGAGAGCAAGAGAUAGAUGAAGGGAUAAGACAAGGAGAGAGUGAGACAGAUGGAGUGAGAAAAAAAUGUGAGAGAGACCAAUGGACAAAAUGAGAGUGAGAGACAGAGUGAGAGACAGAGUGAGAGACAGAGUGAGAGACAGAGUGAGAGACAGAGUGAGAGACAGAGUGAGGUUUAGUGAUCGUUUCACUGCUUUAAUGCGUUUAAUGACUCUGCACAUUCUACAGGUGUGUGUGUGUGUGUGUGUGUGUGUGUGUGUGUGUGUGUGUGUGUGUGUGUGUUGAUGGAUGACCUCAUUUCUCUCUAAUGUGCUGAUGUAAUCAGUUUAAUCUGAUUGGAUGCUUUAUCACAGCACUACAGCAGGGACGUUACAGCCACAAUGUUAUUAAAGGAAGAGGGUGUGUGAGACUGUGUGUGUGUGUGAGACUGUGUGUGUGUGUGAGACUGUGUGUGUGUGUGAGACUGUGUGUGUGUGUGAGACUGUGUGUGUGUGUGAGCCUUUGUGUGUGUGUGAGCCUUUGUGUGUGUAUGUGUAUACACAGAGUUAAGAGAGAUGAGAUGAGAUGAUCACACUGUGUGUGUGUGUGUGUGUGUGUGUGUGUGUGUUCUUCAGGACGUCUCCACUUCAGCUUCAGGUUCUUGUGGAGGUUCCUGCACUGUUCCUUGUACCUUUGCUGUCCUCAGAUUAUCCGACACACUGCUCUGAGCUUUAGAGCUUUAAUCUGCUCCAUUUUACACCAGUUUCUGUGCCUUGUUUCUGUGUGUAGCCGAAUUCACUCAGAUUUCAGAACACAUGGAUCUACAGAACCGUUUCCAUGGUUACUUCACUUUACCUUCAGUGUUUGUGUAAUGUAGAAAACCAUUAAAGCUUUAGUCAUCUACUCAGACAGCUUUAGCUUUCUCACCUCCUCAUCUGUAGCUUUCACACUAAGGACGCCGCGACUAGCCGAGUGUCUGUCUACGGCCGCCGCGUUGCAUCCUGGGACAUGGAGUCCUUCAGCAUCUCCUCCGUUUCUACACCAGAGAGAGUCUGAGAUUAAAGACCUCACUGCUUUUCUCCUGGAGCGCUUUUAUUUUUAAACUGUGAAAAUGAAAUUCUAGCUUUUUGUAUUCAGACUGUGUUCAUGCUUUAACUCGACACCUUCAACCUGUGUGUGUGUGUGUGUGUGUGUGUGUGUGUGUGUGUGUGUGCGCUUCUACCUCGCUGCUUUCGAGUAUUUAAAAAUACUGUAUUUACAGAAACACUCGCACAUUUGCUGAUAUUUUACGUUUUUUAAGAGUAAAACUUUUCCUUUUUUUUAUUUGUAUUAAUUUGUUGAUUUUUAAACGUCUUCCUUUCUGCUGUUAUUGUCUGCAGAUUGUUUGGCUGCUGUUGAAACUUUGAUACCUCACAGAGAUUUUUGAGAAAUUUUAUUUGUUUUGUUUUUUUUAUCUUUUUUUUGUCUUACACUUUUAAAAAAAAAAAAAAAAAAAGAUUUUUAAGCCCCCGAUGAGAGACUGACGGCGUUGUGGGAGCGAUAGAGGGACGUGUAAACGUGCACAGCUGGGUUUCUUUGUUACGUGUCUCUUAUAUUUAAUAUUUUUCUCUCAUGGUGUUAAAGAACGAUCACGUCACGCUGUUUUGGUGAAAGAGAGAAACAGAAAGUAAUCAUUGUUUAUUCUCAAAUGUUCUGUUGUUUAUUUGCUGUUGAGUUUUAUUAUUAUUAUUAUUAUUAUUAUUAUUAUUAUUAUUAUUAUUAUUAUUAUUUUAUUUUAUUUGACUCCAGCACACUUUUCCUUUGUUCUGUCGAUCUUUUCUUCAUGAUUGUACUUUUUCUUCUGCACCAAUGAGAGUAAAUUAUUCAUGUUUG